AAAAAUGAGUGAAAGAUGUCGUUCAAUAAAAAAAGUGUAUCCUUACUACUUUGUUGCAUUAUAUAACUAUGACCAUCACUUAUAUAAUAAAAAAAAUGGUCCUGAAUUAAAAUUUAAUGUUUAUGAUAAUGCGACACAUUUAUAUUUUAAACGAGGUGAAAUUUUGUGCAUGUUAAGUUCUGUGUUAGAUCAUUGGAUACUAUGUAGAUCUUGCAUAACUGGUGAACAAGGUUACGUUAUGGCAUCGUUGCUUGCUCCAUUGAGCGGUGCUGUAGACAGCAUUCCUUCCUUCCAUAAAGGUGAGAAAUUACCUAAUACACUAAGAACAAGUUGGUUGGAUCCAGAUUUUAUGAAGUAUUUUCCAAACUAUCCUCAAUCAAAACCUAAGAAACGCUGUCCUAUUGAUGAUGCAACAUUUAUAUCGCGAAUUUUUUUUGGAUGGGUAACGAGCUUGAUAGUUAAAGCAUAUAAAAAGCCAUUGGAAGAUAAAGAUAUAUGGCAUCUUCAAAAAGACAACAGUGCUACUUUUCUUGGAAAACAAUUUGAUAAAUGUUGGAAUAAGGAAUUAGAAAAAUAUAAAAAAAGUGCAGAUGAAAGUGAUAUAGAAAAACAGAAAACUUUUAGAAAUCCUCAAUUUGUUUCAGAAGAUAUUGCUUACAAAAAUAUAAGUAAAUGUCGAAAGUACAGAUUAUCAGUAUUAAAAGUAUUGCUGGAAACUUGUGGCAAACGUUAUUUAAUUGUAGCUCCUAUGCUGCAGUUACUUUAUCUAAUUUUAUUGUUUGUCCAGCCAUGGUUGUUAGGAAAAUCAAUUGAAGUAAUAAAAAAUAGACAGAUUGAUAAAUGUUGGGGAUACUUUUAUGCAUCUAUGCUAUUUUUAACAGGCUUAAUGGGAUCUAUAAUUCUACAUCAAUACUUGCAGAUUAUUUUUGUAACCAGUUUACGAGCACGGUCAUCAUUAUUAACAGCAGUUUAUAAAAAGAUUUUUCGAAUUUCUAACACUGGUAAUUCUCAGUUUACUUCUGGAAAUAUGGUAAACCUGAUGAUAGUGGAUACACAAAAGUGCUAUGAUCUAUUAACUUACCUCAAUUUAGUGUGGUCUUGUCCUCUUCAAAUUAUAAUAGUAUUUUUUUAUCUUUAUUUUCUUAUGGGAUGGUCGGUUCUUGCUGGUUUGUGUGUAUUAGUUUUAUUUAUUCCUCUAAUCAGCUUUUUUUCAAUUUAUGAGAAAAAAUUGCAAGCUAAGCAAAUGAUGUUUAAAGAUAGUAGAUGCAAGAUUGUAAAUGACAUUUUUGCAGGUAUUCAUACUUUGAAGUUCAAUGCAUGGGAAGGCAGUUUUAUGGCCAGAGUAUUAAAUUUUAGGAAUAAUGAGUUAAAGUUAAUCAAGAGAGCAAUGCUUUUGCAAGCUAAUCACAGUUUUGUAUUGACACUUGCUCCAAUUUUAGUUUUUGUUUCAACAUUUACAGUAUAUGUUUUACUUGGAAACGAACUAGAUGCUAAAAGGGCUUUUGUAGCUAUAUCUCUUUUUAGUAUUAUUAAAUUUCCUUUGCUAAGUUUACCACUAGUCGUAUCUAUAAUUGCUCAAUACAAUGUGUCAGCAAAAAGACUAUUUAAUUUUUUAAAAAGCGAAGAGUUAGAUCCAGUAUCUAUUUCAGAUGACAUUAGUUAUGAAAAUGCUAUUGAAAUACAAAAUGGAACAUUUAGAUGGAACAUUCAUGAAGAACCCAUUUUAAAUAAUAUUAACCUUAAAAUUCCAGUUGGAAGCUUAACAGCAAUUGUUGGUCAUGUGGGUUCAGGAAAGUCAUCCCUAGUUUCUGCAAUACUUGGUGAAAUUGAAAGAGUAAAUGGAAAAGUGUAUGUUAAGAGUAGUAUUUCCUAUGUUUCUCAGCAGCCAUGGAUUCAAAAUAGAAGUUUCCGUGACAAUAUCGUUUUUGUGAGUGAUUAUGAAAACAAUUUGUAUGAUAAAAUUAUCAAUGCUUGUGCGUUGAAAGCUGAUAUUGACUUACUGCCAGAUGGAAAUCAAACUGAGAUUGGUGAAAAAGGAAUUAACUUAAGUGGUGGUCAGAAGCAACGCAUUUCAAUUGCAAGAGCUGUUUACCAUAAUUCAGACAUAUACCUUAUGGAUGAUCCAUUAUCUGCAGUUGAUACUCAUGUUGGAAAACAUAUUUUUGAUCAGGUUAUAGGAAACAAUGGACUUUUAAAAAAUAAGACUCGUUUACUUGUUACUCACAACCUAUCAUAUUUGCCUCAAGUUGAUCAAAUCAUUGUUAUUAAAGACAAUACAAUUUCUGAGGUUGGAAGUUAUGAAGAGUUAAUAAUGAAUGGCCAUGCUUUUUCAGAAUUUAUUAAGACAUACUACUGUAAUGUAUAUAAUGAAGAAGCUGUCAAGGAUAAUCAAUUAAAAAAUAACAACAUCUAUCACCAAGAAAAGGUUAGAGUUAUUUCUAAACAAGCAAGUAUUGAAAAAUUAUUAAACUUAAAAAGUUUUGCAAAUUCUUUUGCAUCUAGAAGACGUGUAUCGCUAUUUGAAAUUAUGAAAAAUAAUAGAUUAAUUGAUGCAUUUUAUGAGUUUGAAAAAAAUGAAAUUUAUGAAAAAGAGGCUUCUAAAAUUCUAAAUCGUCAGGAAAAAUUAGAGACAUUAUGCAAUGAAAAACAAACCAAAGAUUUAUGUUCUAAGGAAGUUUUUAAAACUGGAAAGAUAAAGUGGUCAGUAUUUUUGAUCUAUCUAAGGUCUAUUGGAAUUUUUAUGGUAAUCUUGGCUCUUUUUCUCGGUUUAAUAACAGAAGGGUUUUCACUUUGUUCACGCAUAUGGCUAGCUGAUUGGAGUUCUAACAACAAUGUUUCAGAAAACAAACGAAAUAUAUAUCUAGAGGUAUUUGGUGGAUUAGGUAUUGCUCAAGGUUUUUUUACUUGGUUAGAAGCUUAUAUUAUAGGAUUUGGAGUUACAAAAGCAUCAAAAGAUCUUCAUGAUAAACUUCUAAAAAAUGUUCUUCGAUGUCCUAUGCUCUUUUUUGAGACUACUCCAGUAGGAAGACUAAUCAAUCGGUUUUCAAAAGAUAUUAACAUAAUUGAUGAAUCAAUUCCAAAAAGUUUAAAAUCUCUUCUACCGUGCUUUUUUACUAUAUGCAGUGCUGUUGUUACUAUUUCUUAUACUGUUCCUUUAUUUAUUGCUCCUCUCUUACCAAUUGCAGUUAUUUACAUUUUAAUUCAGAGGGUUUAUGUGACCUUUUCAGUUCAGAUUAGGCGUAUUGAAUCUGUUAGGCGAUCGCCAAUCUACAACCAUUUCUUUGAAAGUAUUAAUGGUGUAUCUACUAUACGUGCAUAUCACUUAAAUGAUGAGUUUGUAUCAGAAAAUGAAUCUAAAAUUGAUUUUAAUCAAGAAGCAAAUUUUCAGAUACUUUGCUCAAACAGAUGGUUAGAACUUUUGUUAGAAACAUGCGGCAAUCUUAUUACUUUUUGUACAGCAAUGAUAUGUAUUAGCCAACGAGAAAGGUUAACUCCUGGAAUGGUUGGCCUAUCUAUUUCUUAUGCACUGCAGCUUACACAAACAUUGAACUGGCUUGUUGCAAAACUGAGUGAACUGGAAAGUAACAUCAUAUCUGUUGAAAGAGUCAAAGAGUAUAUUGAUGCUCCAUCUGAGGCAGCAGUUAUUAUUAAAAGCAAUCAGCCUGAUGAUGACUGGCCAAGAUUUGGUGCCAUCGAUUUUCAUAAUCUCUUUAUUAAAUAUCGUGAAGAUUCGGACCUUGUACUUAACAACAUAUCAUUUAAAGUUGAACCAUCAGAAAAGGUUGGUAUAGUUGGGCGUACUGGAAGUGGAAAAUCUUCGAUUGCAAAUGCUCUUUUUCGUACAAUAGAAGCUUGUAUUGGAAGUAUUAAAGUUGACAAUAUUGAUAUUUCAACUAUUGGAUUAAAUGAUUUACGAUCUCGAAUGACAAUUAUACCCCAAAACCCAGUUCUUUUUUCUGGAACAAUACGUUUUAACAUUGAUCCAUUUGAUCAACAUGAUGAUGAUGAUAUCUGGAGGGUUUUGGAAGUUUCAAAUUUAAAACCAUUUGUUUCAAGCUUAGAGAAUGGCAUUAUGCAUGAAAUUUUUGACGGGGGUGAAAACCUGAGUGUUGGACAACGCCAAUUACUAUGUCUUGCUCGUGCUUUGAUUAGAAAAAGUAAAGUUCUUGUUCUUGAUGAAGCUACAUCGUCUGUGGAUCUUGAGACGGACGGAAUUAUUCAAGAAGUUAUUCGAAAAGAAUUUAAGUUGAGCACAGUGUUGUGCAUUGCUCAUCGAUUAGAUACAAUUCUGGAUUAUGAUAAAAUUAUUGUUCUUAAUCAUGGUAGAAUUAUGGAAUUCAAUUCUCCCAAAGUUUUAUUUCAUCAGCAAGGUGAAUUUUACAAAAUGGUAAAAGAAGCGGGUUUGAGCAUUAAUACGAAAUAAAUGGUAUUCAAAAUUGAAAUAAUUCCAGAAAAACAUUUAAAAUAACUGUUCUCAUUAUUGACAUGCGCCCUAAAAAUAAGACAUUUUAAAGACAUGAAUACUUAUUGCAAUGCUUAGUUGCCUAUUAAUUUUAGCUUUUACUAUUAAAAACUAGUGUUUAAUUUUGAUUUUUAUACUUUAUUUUUUUUUUUUUUAUUUUUUUUAUUUUGUUUAUAACAUGCGACAAUUAUAUUAUAAAAUUACCUUGUAGAAAGUGGUAUAAAGUUUUGUAUAUUCAUAAAUUUUUUAAAUAAUGAUUUUUUAACAACUAUUAGUAACAUCUGUAAAAAAAUGUUAUUAAAAAAAUGUUU